CAAGUACGAUACAUUUUCAUCUUCCUUUUCUGUUUUUACGCUAUCACUAAUUCUUCACUAAUUGAAACAAGUUUCAGUUCCUAUAAUCUUGAAAUGUCAACAAUGCCCCUUGUUCUGUUUUUGUAUGCAACUUAAUCGAAUCGAAUCUUGGAGUUAAUUAGCAAAGGAAAGAGUGAAAAAGAAGAUGGGGAAGAAUCAACGGUCAAAUUGGUGGUGGCUUGAUAAUAGUCCCACUAAUACCAAACGAUCACCAUGGCUUCACUCCACUCUCUCUGAGCUAAAUGAGAAGACAAAUGCGAUGUUAAAGUUAAUUGAAGAAGAUGCAGAUUCCUUUGCAAAACGUGCAGAGAUGUAUUACAAGAAAAGACCCGAGCUUAUUAGCAUGGUUGAAGAUUUCUAUCGGACACAUCGCUCGUUAGCCGAGCGGUAUGAUCAAGUCAAACCAGACACCGGAAUCAGCCCCAUUGCGUCAAGGGUAUCCCCUUUUGCUUCAGCCAAAUAUCAGAUAGAGAAGUUAAUAAGUUUUGCAGAUACCGGUUACGAUACCUAUUCUGAGAAUUUCGACGUAGACGAGUCUAUGGAAUCAGAAGUUGAUGAUCCUGAGCAUGAAGAAAAACCGGUGGCCAAAUUUCAUAGCUACACAAAAGACGAACAAGUUUCAUCCGUGGCUGUCAACGUAGAAGUGAUGAAGUUGAGAGACGAAAUUAAGAGAGUAAGCAACGAGAACAAGGUUCAUAAGGAGCAAUUGAAGCAGAAAGAUACAAUUUGUGAUGAAGUAAUGAAAUUGAGGGAAGAAAUAGAAAAACUAAGGGAAGAAAAUGAGGCACAUAAGGAACAACUCAAGCUUAAGGAUGAAGAGAAGAUAGAUGUGAUUAAACAAUUGAGUUUAGCAAUAGAUUUGUUGAAGCAAGAUAAUGUGAUGAUGAGAAGCUUUAUUGCUAAAGAGUCUACUAAGAAAUGGAAGUUUCCAUUUGAGUUGAACAAACUUGGAGCAUUUUCUGUGAAAUUGUUUAAUGGGAAUCAAAGGAAUCAGCCUAGUGUUGAACUCUCUAGAUGUGGUUUACAUGGUCAUCAAAUAGCUUAGUUAUAUAUAACAUUCUUAUAAAUAUUUUUACACAAUAAUUAAGUUUAUAGUCUUUUGAUUCAUAGUUUGUGUGCUUAGAAUGUUCAUUGUAUUUUUUCUUUACAUGUUCCUUUUACUUGUGACUAAUUAUUAUAUGUAUCCCAAUUGUUACAAUUUUUUAAUUCUUUAUGCAUGUGAUUGUAUUGUAGGCCAUCUCAAA